AUGGGAUUUUUAUCUCUAGACAUGCAGUCUCCGAUUGCAAUGUGCAACCUACACGCGGUGACGCUGGAUGCGAUCCACUGCGGAGUCGACAAGAAGGACACGAAAGAGGGUGCGGUGAAGAAUUAUGAGUAUCCCUGGGUCGGCGUGCUAUUCUACACAUUGUAUGGCGAGCUCGGUGAGACGCGCUCAGUGACAACGGUUGUGUUAAUACACGCGGAGUUCGUACUCGGGAACUCGGCCGACAUUGGCCCUAUGCCCAAAGCUGAUUUCAGAGACAGGGCGCGCGUGCUGCUUGGCGAGGGCUGGGAGCGAGAGGGCCGGCGCGUGCGCAACUACCUGGUGCACCCCGAGUACACCGAGACCCCCAACAGUAUUGCCAUCAUACACUUGAGGCAGCCCGUGCAGAACCUCAAAAAAAUACAGCCGAUUUGCCCUCCCCCUGUACGUAUUCAGAGCCCUUACAUUUGGAUACUGAAGUUCGAAGAUAAUCUGGAUUCACUCAAGAAGCAGGUGCUACCGGCAGUUGUCGUGCCCGCCGCCAAUUGCCGCGAAUUCUACAUAUUGAGAAAUUUGAACGAUGCUCGUCACCGGCCGGCAUUCGUCAAAUGUGCGGUGUCGAUGAAGUUGACGGGGCCGUGCGUGUGGGGCGCGGGCGCCGUGCUUGCUGAGCGCGACGUCUGGGGUCGCUGGCAACUGCUUGGUUUGGGCGUGUACGGUCCAGGUUGCGGCGCGCCAUCACGCUUCCUCGAUAUGCAGCGCUACUUCCCCUGGAUCGAGGAUUCCCUGGACAAGUUCCAACGCAUCACCAUCUCGGAAAUCAACCAGCACAGAUAUAUAUUGCGCAGUGGUGUCGCUUUCGGAACGCUGAUGCGUUUUGGCGAAUGCGACAAUUAUGAGAAACAAAAUAUUAUAUACAGAGAUAGCCUCCAGCUGACCACGAACAACAACAAUGUCAAGCUCAUCAAAUACAACAUGACAAUAUACGACUCGGUGCAGUACACGUGCAUGGUGUUUCAACUAAGGCACGCGUCCGCGUCGGCUGAGCUUCGCGUACGUCACUUUUGUCCCCGUGGGCCUGGUAGGGCCGCCUGCUACGCCUACAAAGGUACCCGGUUCGACUUGUCGGUGAAUGUAAUGUUCACGGAGGCGUGCCUUCUGGACAUUGUCGCGUACGGCCUCCAAAUAAACAUCUCGUUGUUGCACAUUGAGCAGUGGAAAUGGGAAGAGGGCACGUACUACGAAGAUUUCAGGAUUACACCAGCGGAAUACCGAGGGCCCCAGUUCAAGACAAAAGACGGAUUUGAUUCUUUAGAUGAAAGCAUGUGGGUCCCCGACUAUAACAGAUGGUCUACCACGCCCUUUGACAUUGGCACUACAACGCCACGUUAUACACAGGAGGCGGACGAUGAGCAAUUUACUGACUUUGGAUAUGACUUUGAGCCGACAACUGGUACUCCGAGGACGCGUACCACAAAAUUGAAAAAGUUCUCAAAGAAGACGCCUCCUCUAACAGGUCGGUUUUGGAUGGUAACUGCAGCUGCAUUACUGUUGCGACAUUACUGCUGUGGCGUUGACGUGGGCGCUGUCUCUUUCAAUUGCUUUGAUAAACAUGAGUGAUGGAUUAACGCGGUGUUAAGGUGACGUUCAGUUCGGUUGUUAACUGUAGCUGCAGUAGGUACUGUUGCGGCGUCAUUGUUUCUGUCGAUAAAAUGAGUGACAGAAUUAACGUCCUUCUCGCAGUAAUACUGCGGUGGCGACUGCCAUUUGAUCAAGAACAAGUUCUUUAGCAAAAGUUUCAUUUUUGUUACAAGCUUUUAUCGCGGAAUGUACUUUUCUUUCCACGGGCAACUAAUACAUAUUUAGAUCAUUCUUCAUAGAGUUGCCACCGCCACCUUCAUCAGAUCAGCUCUAUGUCAUCAUACUCAUAAUACUGCAUUGUCAUCCAAUUUACAUAAAUUUAAUAUGCAACAUUUCAGCUCAAUGGGAGAUCGUGAAGUGGGUCAAAUUUAGCUUUCAAGAUUUGACCCACACUAACAAACUAACAUACAUACAUACAUACUAACAGGGCAAGUUAUUUUUUAAAUAAAAGCUUGUAAAAUAGAAACACACAAUGGGCGGUCUUAUAGCGGGCUAAAGAGCGAUUCCUUCCUUCUUAAUACGGUUCAUACUAUGGUUGCCGUUCACAACCGACCACCGACCGACCAACUGACCACCAAAAUGUGCUCCCCCGAGACCGUUCACCAUGCCAACUACCAGACAGGUAGCUACCAUAAAGACAGACCUAGACCCAUCGCAAGCAGCAUCGCAAAUUAUUCCUUGUGCAUGGACACCUUCGCCGGGCCGUACAGCGCACGUAAACCGUAAUUACCUAAUUAUGUAUUACCUAAAUAUAUAUAUAUAUAUAUAUUACAUUAAUUUUGAUACCGUUAUCAUGUGCCAAUUUUACUGUUUUCAAAAUAAUUCUGCACCUGACAGCGAGUCUUAUUAAUAUUUUUUGACGCAUAAACCAGGCACAUGUCAAUCAUGUCAUCGGCAUACACAAACGCUACAAACACCUUGCAUUUCUGCACAAAAUUAACGACACUGUUUACAAACAUUAUGUAACCGACCGGCCCGAACAUCGAGCGUCACACUUGCCUCAGCGCCUCUAGUACCCUCAAUCACAGUUUCGAUUGUUAUAUUGGUUAGGUAAUAUUUAAACCACGCGUUUGAGGGUCCCUCUAUGCCACAUUCCGCCAUAGCUUGUAACAAUAUCUCGUGGUCCAAAGUAUCAAAUGCCUUUUUAUAAUCAGUAAAAAGCCAUAGUAACUACCUGUUCUCCAUUGUUUAGGCUACCGUAAAGGAUGACUCACGCUAGACCAGUGAUCAAGUGGUGCUUUCCAUCGAAAACAAAGCGCCGCAAGGUCCGGCGAGGCGCGGUCUAGCGUGAGUUAUCCUUAAAUCAGUGGCCGUGGCCGUGCUGCGGCCUCUCCUGAACCCAUACUGGUGGUAAGUAAAUAUAUUAUGCCGCUCCAAAAACAUACUAACUUGGCCGACAAUUACCUUUUCGGCGAUUUUAUUAA